AUGGAGGGUCGGGUUCCCUCGUUCAGCACCCUCCUCUUCGAGGCCAAAGCAGCAAAGCAAAUGACGUUUGCUGAUAUCGCCAGUCAAAUUGGAGGCACCGAGGUCGCCUGCGCUGCCCUCUUCUACGGCCAGGCGAUGGCCUCGCCUGAGGACAUCGCCCGGCUGAGCGGCCUCCUCGGCAUCGACCCUGAGAAGCUGGCCAGCCAGAUGCGCGGCUUCCCGAACCGUGGCACCUCCGUCCGGAUGCCGCCGACCGAACCCCUCAUCUACCGCCUCUACGAAAUUAUCCAGAACUACGGAUAUGCCUACAAGGCCGUCCUCAACGAGAUGUUCGGCGACGGCAUCAUGAGCGGCGUCUGCUUCAAGACGUAUAUCACCAAGGAGCAGGACGUGACCGGUGCCACCUGGGCCGUCAUUACUAUGAAGGGGAAAUGGCUCCCAUUCGAGCGCUUCUAA